GGGGGGGGCGCAAACGAGCACAGUUUGCCUGCUACAAUCGGUGAAUAGAAUCUGCUAGGGCGGGCAGUCCCGUUUUAUCUCUGUCUAGCCGUGUUGUAACGUAUCUUUCAAAUAUUUGUCUUUCCUGGAGGAUUUCUAUCAAGGGAUGUCAAAGCGAGUACGAAGCAGAGAGGUCUGCGCUGAUUGCAGUGCUCCGGAGCCACGCUGGGCCUCUGUUAACAGGGGUGUGUUGAUCUGCGAUGAGUGCUGCAGCAUCCAUCGAGGUCUGGGGCGACACAGCUCUCAAGUCCGACAUCUGACACACUGUCCAUGGCCACCCUCCCAGAUACAGAUGGUCCAGACACUGUAUGGCAAUGGAGCUAAUUCCAUAUGGGAGCAUAGCCUCCUGGACCCUUCCUCUUCAGUAAGUGGGAAGCGCAAAGCCAACCCCCAGGACAGAGUUCAUCCCAACAAGACAGAGUUCAUCAAGGCCAAAUAUCAGAUGUUGGUGUACGUCCAUCGGAUGCCUUGUCGGGAGGAUGACAGUGUAACAGCAAAAGACCUCAGCAAGCAACUCCACUCCAGUGUCCGGACUGGAAACCUGGAGACCUGCCUAAGACUCCUAUCUUUGGGAGCACAGGCCAACUUUUUCCAUCCAGAGAAAGGAAACACCCCACUACACAUAGCAGCAAAAGCAGGACAAAUGUUACAAGCAGAACUGUUGGCAGUUUAUGGAGCUGAUCCAGGGGCUCUGGAUUCCAGUGGAAAGACCCCCAUCGAUUAUGCAAGACAAGCUGGGCAUCAGGAGCUGGCAGAGAGGCUAGUGGAGAUACAGUAUGAACUCACUGACCGGUUAACAUUUUACCUUUGUGGAAGAAGACCAGAUCACAGAAACGGGCAGCACUUCAUCAUUCCACAGAUGGCAGACAGGAAUAACAGCCUGGAUUUGUCAGAGUUUGCAAAAGCCGCAAAGAAGAAGCUCCAGUCGCUAAGUAACCAUCAGUUUGAAGAACUUGCCAUGGAUGUUUAUGAUGAAGUUGACAGAAGAGAAACGGAUGCAGUGUGGUUGGCCACUCAGAACCACAGCACACUUGUAACGGACACCACAGUUGUGCCUUUUCUGCCGGUCAAUCCAGAGUACUCAUCUACCAGAAACCAGGGUCGUCAAAAAUUGGCAAGGUUUAGUGCUAAUGAAUUUGCCACCCUGGUUAUUGAUAUUCUAACUGAUGCUAAACGACGGCAGUGGGGUAAUUCCUGCGACAGUCCCAAAGAGAGUGUAGAGCUGAUCCUUCAGGGAAUAGACAGUCGCCAUAACAGUGAGAGCCAAGACAAUGACCAGCCCGAUUACGACAGUGUGGCAUCCGAUGAAGAUCCAGUGUUGGAAGCCACCUGUGGUGACAGCUGCAAUGAUGGAAGGACCAAGAGCUCGGAGUCCUCUGACCUCUCUGAUGGACCAAUCACAGUACAGGAAUUUAUGGAGGUGAAGAGCGCCCUAACUGCAUCAGAAGCCAAAAUACAACAGCUUCUUAAAGUCAACUGUCACCUCAGUGAAGAGCUGCGUAGCAUGCAGAGCAAGCUCAACUCCCUGCAGACUGAAAACACAACACUGCGAUGGCAAGCCCCCAGCGGACAACAACAGCUCCAGGGGCCCUUUGGUCGACACCCACCCCGCGGAGGUCGCGCCAUGUCCAUGUAUGAGACGGGCUCUUCUCCAAGGCAGUACCCCCACCGGGGGGAAACGGCUCGGCAUGAGGAUGGAGUCAUUUUACAACCCUUUCCAACCAAUAUUGGGAGGGGUCCUUUGGGGACGGCUGCUUCCUCCCUCCCUACCUUCCCCUCUUCCCUGUCCUGGUCGUGGGAUGAGCAAUCUCGAAGGGGCUGCAGUCUGGAAGGACAGACUAUCAUGCUGGAGAAUGAUUAUGACUCUACGCCCAACCACUCUGAACUGGAGGAGACUGGCAGCCCUCUUCCAGCCUCUGAAGCAGUGGAGCCAGGGGAGGAGGGGGGGGAGGAUGCCACCCUGCCAUGCACAGAGGAUGUCAUCUGUAAGACAGAGCAGAUCACCAAGAACAUACAGGAGCUUCUGAGAGCUGCCCAGGAGACCAAACAUGAAAGCCUUUUUGUCUCCAUCUCCCGCAGCUUCCUGCCUUGUUCAGAAAAGAUCUGCAUGGCCGUGACCGAGAUGGCCGCCCUGUUUCCCAAGAGGCCAUCCUCGGAGACUGUGCGAGGGUCUCUGUGUCUGCUCACUUCAAGUGCCAGUCGGCUCCAUGGAGAGUGCCAGAAGGCCGUAGAGCACAACCCCUGCCCGUCGGACAUCCAGCUGGUCACUCAGCAGGUCAUCCAGUGCGCCUAUGACAUUGCCAAAGCUGCCAAGCAACUUGUCACUGUGACAACCAAAGAAAACAACAACUAACUAAAACCCAAAGACAUUCCUGGUGCACCCAAAAUAGUUCAUCAAUGAUGUUGCUAAUCAAUGAUGUUGCCCCCCCCCCCCGUAUUUAUCAGUGUAAGCAUUCAUACAUUCCUUUAAAAAUGAGAUGUACCAUGCAAAAUUACAGAUCAAUCAAAACAUUCAUUUUGUUGUUUUUGUAUCACGGUUAUAAAGAGUAAACAAACCUCUUUAAAACUGUAGGACAGAAUCUGUUACUAUCCCUUACCUCACAAAGAGAUAACCGUUUAAUCCACACAAAAUCCAAAAGUGCAAUGUUGUGUGUGUAUAUAUAAAACGAUUAGAAUAAGAAGCAGUUGAGCUUUCCACGUUGUAGUUUUCCACGUAGAGGUCAUCAUUUGUGCUCCUUGAGGUCGGUUGUCUGGCAUGGCUGAGCUGCCAGAGGGGACAAAAGUCUGCAAGACACCUGGCAUCAAGGAUCAGAAGAGAUUAACCUCAACCUACACCAGUGUUGUCAGUUUAUUUCGCUUUAGCCAUUUUAAAUGUCUACAGGAUGCAAUGACAGUAUUUUAAUCUUGAACCAUUGUGAUGCCACUUGCUUAGAGUUCAAAUGUUUGUUUAGGAAGCAAACCUGUGAUUAUAAAAGUAGCUUCAGUGCAUUCAGCACUAUGUAAGGCCAGCAGUACCAAGAGUGUGCAAACCAUUCCAUCCAGCAGUUCCAGCAGGUGAUUCCAGUAACUGUUCAGUUAAGUAUCAGUAAUUUUUGGAGUUAUAAUGUUACAGCCAUACGUGUGUGUGUGUGUGUGUGUGUGUGUGUGUGUGUGUGUGUGUGUGUGUGUGUGUGUGUGUGUGUGUGUGUGUGUGUGUGUGUGUGUGUGUGUGUGUGUGUGUGUGUGUGUGUGUGUGUGUGUACAGUUGUCACAGAGAUGGCCUCAAUGGCCCAUGUGAAAUCCAUUUUGAAUCAAAUUUAAUAGCAUUAUGCAAAUAUAUAAGAUGUAUGUAUCCAUUUAAUUCUUUAUCAAAAUUAACCCAAAUGCUAUUCUAUUUAUAAACUGUAUGUCAUACCUCUAAGAAAAUAUCAAUGUUUAUUUUCAUAAGCUUUUGUUUAACACGAUUCUCCUCACAGACUAACUUUUGUUCUGAGGUUUGGGACAUCUCAGCUGGCAGUAACAUGUGGGCACCUUGGGAUCUCUGUUUAUUCGGUGUGAUGCUGUAACUCCAGUGUGUUAGAUGCUACUUGUGGUCACAUACGUACAGCCAUGGCUUACAGUCACUGGUAAAGUAGAAAUGUGCCCUCAAAGUUUGGGUACCUGUUGUAGAACUUGGGUCUAAUGUGUCACUCAUUGUUGUGAGAUCAGUUUCAAAUGAAAAGUCGGCAAAGGACGUCCUAAAUAAGUAUUAAAAAUAUUCAGUACAUAUUA